AGGACCGCCAUUUUGUAUGAGGCCCAGUCUUGUUAAGCGGGAGAACAUUAACAGCCGCUCACUUCUCUUCCCGACGUCCAUGACGGACUGAAGCCACCAUCAGCCGCCGCCAGGUCCUCGCGUGGAAAUAUCAAGUUAGAAGACCAUCCGGGGUCAGUUGGCUUGCACUGCCAUGGAGGGCGAGGUUGUUUCCAUGGAGACAGCCAAUGUUGCAGCCCUGGCCUCAGAAGCGAACGUCCUGCCAGAAGGUGGAGAGGCUGUGAUCCAGGGAGCAUCACAGGGUGCUCAGACUGGCAACAUGGAGAUGAUGGUGAUGGAUGGCCUGGAUCCAACUCUGCUGCAAAUGAAGACCGAAGUGUUGGAGGGGGGUGGUACAGUAACUGUUACCGGUGGAGACGAGGGCCAGAUCAUCACUCUACAGGUAGUCAACAUGGAGGAGCAAGCUGGUGCUGCCUUGGGGCUUGGUCAGCUCCAGUUGGUGCAGGUACCAGUUACAACAACCACUGUGGAGGGGUUCCAGGCCACCUACGUUGAUGCCUCUUCAGUAAAUAAAGAUGCAGAGCCAGUGAUUUGCCACACUCUUCCUCUUCCUGAAGGCUUCCAGGUGGUUAAAGUUGGUGCUAACGGAGAAGUAGAGACAGUGGAGCAAGAGGAGCUUCAGGCAACUCAUGAAGAGUUUGAGGGCACACACGUAGAAGAUGAUGAAGAGGAAGAAGAGGAGGAGGAUGAGGAAGAGGAAGAAGUGGUCGCAGGGGUGGAGCCCACCGAGCCCCAGACACAAGACCCAGAUUGGCAGAAGGAUCCAGAUUAUAUGCCUGUAGCUGCUGUCCGUAAAGGGAAGAAAGGAAAGAAGAGCCGCCUGCGUUAUGCAGAGGGCGAGCGUGGCAUGGAUGUGUCAGUUUACGACUUCGAAGAAGAGCAACAGGAAGGACUCUUGUCGGAAGUGAACGCUGAGAAAGUGGUGGGCAACAUGAAGCCACCCAAGCCCACGAAAAUUAAGAAAAAGGGUGUGAAGAAGACUUUCCAGUGUGAGCUGUGCAGCUACACUUGUCCACGGCGCUCCAACCUGGACCGGCACAUGAAGAGCCACACAGACGAGAGACCACACAAAUGCCACUUGUGUGGACGAGCCUUCAGAACGGUCACGCUGCUGCGAAACCAUCUGAACACACACACAGGUACCCGACCACAUAAGUGCACAGACUGUGACAUGGCAUUUGUGACGAGCGGCGAGCUGGUGCGGCAUCGGCGCUAUAAGCACACGCACGAGAAGCCCUUCAAGUGCUCAAUGUGUGACUACUGCAGCGUGGAGGUGAGCAAGCUGAAAAGGCACAUUCGCUCCCACACUGGGGAACGACCCUUCCAGUGCAGCUUGUGCAGCUAUGCCAGCAGGGACACGUACAAGCUGAAGCGACACAUGAGGACACACUCUGGCGAGAAGCCAUACGAGUGUUACAUCUGCCAUGCUCGGUUUACACAGAGCGGCACCAUGAAGAUGCACAUCCUGCAGAAACACACCGAGAAUGUAGCCAAGUUCCACUGUCCACAUUGUGAUACGGUGAUUGCUCGCAAGAGUGAUCUUGGUGUUCAUUUAAGGAAGCAGCAUUCGUUCAUUGAGAAGGGGAAGAAGUGUCGCUACUGUGACGCUGUGUUUCACGAGCGAUACGCUCUGAUCCAGCACCAGAAGACCCACAAGAACGAGAAGCGGUUCAAGUGCGACCAGUGCGACUACUGCUGCAGACAAGAGCGCCACAUGAUAAUGCACAAGCGGACUCACACUGGGGAGAAGCCGUUUGCCUGCAGCCAGUGUGACAAAACCUUCAGACAGAAGCAGUUGAUGGACAUGCACUUCAAGCGCUACCACGACCCCAAUUUUGUCCCCACUGCUUUUGUCUGCAACAAAUGUAACAAGACUUUCACUCGCAGGAACACCAUGCUGCGUCACUAUGAGAACUGCAGCGGCGAGGUCCUUGAGGAAAAUGGAACUCCCAAAAAGAGCCGCCGAGGCAGGAAGAGAAAGAUGCAGUCCAGGAUGGACGAUGACGACGAAGAUGACACUGAAGUCGAACAGGAGGAGGGAGAAGAGGAAGAUGAUGAUGAUGAGGAGGAUGAUGACCUGUUGACUGGGAUUGAGUUGGAGCAAGAACCACCAGUCGUCCCCAUUCCAGCUCCCGUGGAGCCCCCAGUCAAGAGGAAACGUGGACGCCCACCAAAGAACAAACCAAUGCCUACGAUCGUCCAUGUGGAGAGUGAAGCCACUGGAGAGGUGGAGGACAUCAUCGUGAAGGAGGAGACUGGUGGAGAACAAGGCUAUGAGGAGCAGGAGGAGGCGGCAGAGCAGGUGGUCGUCGGCGAAGGAGCUUCCACCAUUCAGAUGGAUGAACUGUCGCAAGAGCCGGCCGUGCAGAUGGCCGACGCCCCGCCCAACGGGGACCUUACACCUGAGAUGAUUCUCAGCAUGAUGGACCGAUGAUGGAUGCGCCGACACAUAUCUGGGUUUUUAUUUAGCAACACAAAAACAACAAUGUAAUUUAAGAUUCACUUUUUAAUGGUGUACCGACUCAAAAGCUUUUAAGGGUUCCUGUAAACAAUUUUAUUACAUUUUGGAGUUUUGGGAGGAUGUCACUGACACAAGUGUCCUGGAAAGUUGGCUUGGUGUCAAUGUCAAGUUAAAUCAUGAAAAUUUUUGGAUUCCACAUGUACAGAGUCCCAUCUGAAGAGUUCCAAUCACCUCUCAGUUUGGAUUAGUUUAGGCGCAGCACAUGGAAAUCAACCUGUCGUGAGCUGUGAAACCCCAAACCCACUUCAGGGUAGAGAUGCUGUAAAUGUUAUUUCUGUUAAUGACAACCAAGACAAAAGUUUUUUUUCCUUUCCUGUGGUUAUUAUAAAACACUUGUCUGGUUUGAACUGCUUCUAGUCUGCUUUCUUUAUGGCCUCCCAUGCAACUGUAACAUGCCUAGAUUUGCUUAUGUACUAAAACUUCUUGUGUAUGAACAAAAUGUUUAUUGCUUCCUGUAGUCAUUUUAGUUGGGAUUGGAGUUUAACCCGUUUUCUUUUUUCUUUUUUUUUUUUUUUACCACCUGCUAUGAAGCCCGUUUUAGAAGCUUGUCUGACAUUUUAAUGAAUGUGUGAUCAUCGAGUACAGAUGUAUGGCAGAAUCAAAAAAUAAAGGAGGAAGUAGACA